GCCAAUCCUAAGAUAGGAGGCGGUUGCAUGGGAGACGGAAGUUCAGGCGUUUAGCCACGCGCGAUGAAGUUCUUACUAUCUUCCAGCAGCGUCUAAUCAAUAACAUUGUGGAUCACUAGAGUUUUGGUUUAACGUCACUAUUUUUCUAAACGAGUUCUUUCGCAGUUCUUCAGUUUGGGUGUAGGUUUGGAUUUGGUCACGUCAUGAGUAGGUAAUGAGCCGGCAUGCCUGUGAUCAACAGCAAGAAGCAGCAGGGGGAGGAUGCAGCGGUUCAGGGCACUAAUGACAGCAGUGUGGUCAGUAAGGUGUCAGCAGCAGCUCAAGGCUACUUCCACGAUGACUUUCUCAGACAUUUUGUGGGCAAGGUGUCACGAAGAGCUCCUCUCAUCAACAGGGGCUAUUAUGUUCGCUGGAAAGCUGUUGAUCGCUGUGUGAAACAGUUCCUGUGUGUUACUGAUGCCUGCGAUAGGAGACAGAUCCUGUCUUUGGGUGCAGGCUUCGACUCCCUUUUCUUCCGGCUUCACGCAGAAGGAGCGCUGGAGCGGGUUAGCGUAUUCGAGGUCGACUUCCCUGAUGUUGCCAGACGCAAGGCGUCCUUAAUCAGCAGCAAUCAUAUUCUGAAAGAUGCGCUUCCAGAUUGCAGAGUCGUAGCUGGGUUUUCAGGCCCUGUGUAUGUGAACAGUGCUCACUAUAACCUGCUGGGCGUGGAUGUGAGGAAUGAGCGAGAGGUGGAGGAGGCUCUGAGUGCAGCCGGACUACAGUGGAACUCCCCUACACUGAUUCUCUCAGAGGUGGUGCUCACUUAUAUGGAAACACGCUGGUCAGAUGCUGUGAUUGGUUGGGCAGCGAGGAUCCUCCCCCAGGCUUUGUUUGUGAUGUAUGAACAAAUCCGCCCAGAGGAUCCCUUUGGCACAGUCAUGCAGAACCACUUCCUGAAGCUCAACUCCAAAAUCCAUGCCCUCUGCCAGUACCCGGACACGGCAACACAGACUGAGAGACUGUUGCAAAAGGGAUGGGAGAAAUGUGUAUGCUUGGAUAUGAACCAGUUCUACUUCGGUCUUUUAACAGAGGACGAGAGGGAGAGGGUGGAGAAGUUGGAGCCGUUCGAUGAAUUUGAGGAAUGGCAUCAAAAGUGUUCCCAUUACUUCAUCCUCACCGCCUCCAAAGGCUCUCUGACCAGUCACGCAGUCCUUACACUCCCCAGAGAUACCCCCAUUCCCUCAUUAAAGCCUGAUCUGAAGGGUCUGCCUAUGGCAGUGCGGCUCAUGGCUGGAGCUCCAUGUGUAGAGGCCAUGGGAAUGGCCUCCUCCCUGCUGGAGCCUGGGGUUGUACUCCUCACAGGGGGCUGUGGAAGACGAGGCCGAAACACUGCAGCCACGCUUUUGAUCAGAGAGCACACAGCCUGGAGAUGUGCCACUGCGGAGCCAGAGGGAGAGAAAGGUGUGCGGCUGUAUCACUCCAUGACCUCUGUCCCUGGUUGGGGUGCAGUAAUUAUAGGUGGCAGAACUUCUCCACUUAACCCCAUUGAUGACAUUCUGAGAGUCACCUAUCUAACUGACGAGUUUAACUCCAAAAAUAUGCUGGUAUCUAUGGAGAAGAUGGUCUGUACUGGCACAGCGCCAAAACCAAGAUGGCGGCACACAGUUACCUUACUGAGUCAUGGUGAUAGGAACUACUUAUUUGUUUUUGGAGGCCGUACAGAAACGGAACCGGUUCUAGGUGAUGCACACUUCCUGUGUUUGGAGGACCAGCACUGGACAGAUGUCCCAGUUGAAGGCUGCAUCCCUGAACCACGCCACUCCCACUCCACUUGUGCCUAUAGACGAGGACUGGCGAUGUUUGGUGGCCUGGGCCGAGGAGGUGUCCCUUUAGGAGACGUUGUCCUGCUGAAGCCCACGGCCAUAGGCUUCUGCUGGGAGAAGCUGCAUGUCUUUCCAGCCUUGGUGCCAAGGUAUUCCCAUUCUGCCCAUGUGAUUGGUGAGAAUCUGGUGGUAGUUGGUGGAGUCUGGCUCCAGGCAGAUGGUGUCCCGGGAGUUGCUGUUAUAAACCUGACCACCGGGGUCAGUGUUGAAGUCAGCUUAGACACAUCAUCUGUUCCCUGGCCCCUCAUGCUACAUUCAUUCUGCUCAGAGCUGCUGGACUCAGACGGAGCUGAGAUGGUGCUCAUUGGUGGUGGAGGAAACUGCUUCUCUUUUGGCACCCACCUCAAUUCCCACCCUGUCAUUCUAGACCUGAGGCCAGUGCUUCAAAACACAGCACGUUUCGACCACCCAGUCAAAACACCUCUGGAAACAUAGUUAUGUCAUCUUCAGCUUGUAACUAAAGCUAGCUAUGAAGACCUUCUUGGGCCAGGAUCAUGUGCAGUAAUUAAAACCAUGUAAAUAAUCGAACAGACUCUUCCAAGCUAUCAGCAGCCAAACUUUAUUUCAUCUUCAGUUUAAAUCACAACCAAAGAGCUGUAACCAUGCGGCACAUGGCAUCAACGCAUCCUUGUUCGGUUAAGGUCACUCGGUCAGGCGGCGGAAAGACUGCACGGUGGGACAGACCGCACCCCAGUCCACAGGCUUGCGAUAUUCGCCCUUUUCCAGGAUGUACUGGCGGCCAUGGUAAUUGGGGUGCUCGUAGAAUACCCAGUAGCCAUUCAGGACCUUGCAGGAGUGUACCUCUCUCAUGCGGUAACGCUCCAGAGUGGACGGGCAGUCUUCUGUGGCCUCGAAUGACUGACCGGCAAAGUCUGCCUUGUCGAAGAACUGCAUCUUGUACUGUGUCCCACUUGUCUAGAACGUCAAGCGGGAAAAUGGACGGGAGAGUAUUGGGGUUGGGAAGGACAAGGGAAAGGGUAGAAUGGAGCAAGCAGGACAUGGAAGUGAUAACAUUGGAGUACACUGCUAUAUAUUAUCACUCCAAAAGAGCAGUCUUGUGUAUUUUUUUCCUAAUAAAAAUGGUCGAUUUUUUUUUGGUCA